AUGUCGAAAAAAGGUGCAAAAACCACGGGUAACAACAAGGCGCUUGUUAUCGCUCGGUUAUCACGCGAUCGUGCGUUAAAAUCGAUAAAAGAAAUAUACGCGAUCGCGGAAAGGGCGAAAAGUGACCCAUCACUAACGCCUGAAUUAGAAAUUCGUUCUCGACAAUUAGAUUCCCUUGCUAUGCAAUUUCGAUUACACCAAGAUGCUGUAAUUGAAGCUUCGGUUGACCGAGAUUUGAUCGAAGAAUUCGAAUGCAUUGAUUCUCCAGUUACUGACGCAAUUCGUAUUUUGUUAGAUAGUGGCUCGCAGGUGUCGGCAAUAACCACUCGUUGUGCAUCUCGGCUUGGUCUCACCAGACGCAAAUGCUUACGUAGUAUUAGGGGCCUUGGAAAAAACCCUGUCACUGAAGUAAAUGGAGAAACGAGUUGUUAUCUUUUACCGCGACAACAAUUGGAACCGUCCUUUUGUUGCAACGAUGUCAUAAUACUACAGCAAAUAACAACGACCAUGCCUACAUCACCGUUGCCUUCCGCCGUCCGCGAGUGCUAUAAACAUCUAUUGUUAGCUGAUCCCACAUUCGAUACACCCGCGCCGAUAGACAUGUUAAUAGGCGGUGACUUAUUCCCACACGUAAUGCGGCCUCGUGGCGGCAUCAUACACCACAACGGUUUGCCGUCCGCGAUAAACACACAUUUUGGCUGGAUAGUAUGCGGUUCAUUGCAAGAACAAAGUACCUCACCUGUUCAUUCUUUAUCAGUGGCAUCAGUAAAAUUAGAUGACCUUAUGCGCUCCUUUUGGGCUAUAGAGGAAGCCGCAACACCAAUUGAGUCGAUAACGGAAGAACAACGAUGUGAAGAGUGGUUUUCAAAAACAACUACGCGAGCAAAUGAUGGUCGGUUUUGUGUAGCACUUCCAUUUCGCGAUUCCGUUUGUCUUCCUAAUAGUGUCAACCAGCCAUUUGACACAGUGCCGCCGUAUCACGGCCUCGGUAAUUCACGCGCGGUAGCUCUAAAGCGAUUUUAUAAUUUAGAAAUGCGUUUGAUUAAAGACCCUGCGUUGUACGCCGAAUAUCGUGCUUUUAUGGCCGAGUACGCCGCCCUUGGUCAUAUGAGACCGGCUACUCAGUCUGGUUAUUAUUACAUACCGCAUCACGCCGUAGUGAAACGCGAUGGAGAAAAUAUUGAUAAAUUACGUGUGGUGUUUGAUGCGAGUGCCGCCACAUCAACCGGGUUUUCACUGAACGACGUAUUAUUAGCGGGUCCUAAACUCCAAAACGAUAUUUUUGACAUUCUCCAAAAGUGUAGGCUUAAGCGCUAUAUGUUGACCGCCGAUAUCACAAAAAUGUAUCGCCAGGUACUAGUGCGUGACUCAGACCGCCGGUAUCAGUAUAUUUUAUGGCGGGACUCAGUUGAGUCCGAGAUUGUCGAAUAUGAGCUAUGUACAGUUACAUACGGAGUUACGUCCGCUCCAUACCUCGCCAUUAAAUGCUUAAACGAGUUGGAUGCUCAAAAUGGGUCCGAUUUUCCUGCUGCUAAGGGUGUAUUGACCAAAUCCACUUACGUCGACGAUAUUGUAGCCGGCGCUGACACCGUUGAGGAAUUGUUAAUAAUUCAAAGCGACUUGAUAGGACUUUUAAAGACGUGUGGCUGCUCUCUCAAAAAGUGGACGAGUAAUUCGCCUCAAGCACUUCGACAAGUAGACUGUGCUGAUCACUCAACGCUGUUGUUUUUAGACCCAAAAAAUGAUUCGGCCGUAAAGGUGUUAGGUAUGCAUUGGGACCCUACUUCGGAUAUGUUUGCCUAUCAUACUAAUAUUAAAUCUGAUCGUCCUUUCACAAAACGCAAGGUACUCUCUACAAUCGCCAGACUUUUCGACCCUAUAGGCACGCUUGGACCUAUACUCUUAUGGGCAAAGGCUUUUAUGCAAAGGUUAUGGCAAGCGAGUCUUGAAUGGGACAGUAAUUUACCAGAGGACUUAGAUAAGUUAUGGGGUCAAUUUGUAAAAGAGUUGCCGUCAAUCGAUAAAAUAAUGUUGCCUCGACAUAUCGACAUGCGCGUGUAUUCGAAAAUUGAAUUAGUAGGAUUUUCCGAUGCCUCGCUACGUGGCUACGCGGCCGUUGUAUAUUUGCGGGUGGUAGACAGUUCCGGUCAUGCCACGGUGAAUUUCGUCACCUGUAAGACCAAAGUAGCACCAAUCAAAACCACUAAAUGUCAAACUUCAGUACCGCGCCUCGAACUCUGUGCUGCUCUAUUACUCGCUACUACAUUAAAUCGCGUAAAAACCUGUCUAGACAUUGAUAUUUCAAAUAUUUAUGCGUGGACCGACUCUACGGUAGUAUUGUCGUGGUUAACGGUCAGCCAAAAAUCAUUUAAAGUAUUUGUAACGAACAGAAUCGCAAAAAUACAACAAUUAUUACCGGAUUGUCAUUUAUAUAUAGCUGGUGGAGACUUUAACUCAAACAAUUUUUAUGGAAUAACCAAAAAGGAAGUAUCCUACGUUCAUUAA